AUGUGCUAUACUUUCGACAUUUACGUUAGUUUCCAGCACGGGUUCUGGAGCGCUUCAACGCUUUGCCGAGAACUACCCGCAAAUAUUCUGCCUAUUGCACGGAGGACUGCUAUGCGCAUCGAGCGUUCUGUGCGCUUUUUGCACAUUCUUGGCGAUGCAGAUGGCAGAAAGGCGUCGGGCAAGUACGCUUUUGAAGCUCAUCCGAAACAAUUCAAGAAGCGUCUCACUGGGUACUUCAUUCGCCUGAGAGCUUCAGCGGUUCGUUUUCUUUUUCCUGAAUUUGCAGGCCAACCUAAUCAAAGGAGAAUUAUUUGCUUAUUUGUUGUUUAUUUGUUUACUCAUUCAAGAAAUAUACACAGGUACUGUUCCACGAUUGAGUCGUUGCUACAGCUGGUUGUGCUCUGUGUCCUCUACUUGGGCAUUCAAUGCCGAUAUCGGACGUUUGCACAGCUUCCACAGAAGCCGGACAUCGUGAUGCGUGGAGGAAAUAUGUUCGCCUGA